UAGCCCCAUCCUUUCAUCAAACCUUCAACUCUCUCUCUCAUGGAUGCCUAUGACGACAAGCUCAACAGAGAACUCUACAAAGCUCUAAUGAAAGGAGAUGAGAAAGAGGUGAUCCAACUUUGCUUAAGUAUCCCAGAAGGCCCAGUGCACAUAAUGACCAUACACAUGGACACAGUCCUCCACAUGGCUACUUACUCCAAGCAAGCUGAUCUAGUACUGAAAUUACUUGAAAAUUUGCCGGAGACUCAUCUCGACAAGCUCACCCUUCAAAAUGACGCUGGAAACACUAUACUCCAUGAAGCAGCCACUUCCAACAGCACAACUAAUGCCGCUAGGGAAAUGCUUAACAAGGCACCAGAACUGCUGAGUUUGAGCAAUUUCCUCGGAGAGACCCCUAUCUUUAGAGCAGCACGCUAUGGGAAAACUAGGGUUUUUAAGUUUCUGGCAACAGAAGUUGAUAAGGUCUGCGCAAGAAUGACUGAAGAACAUCGGAUUGAUGCCUUUUUUCGGAGGACGGAUGGAACCACCAUUCUUCAUAUUUCCAUUCUUGCUGAGCAUUUUGACUUGGCUGGGUUAAUUGCAACGUGGUACCCAUAUUUAAUUAAUCUACCGGAUGACGAUGGUAUGACCGCUCUUCAACUUCUGUCUUGCAAUCCAUCAGCAUUUCAAAGUGGAUGUCAACAAGGAUUUCUGAAGCGGCUCAUCUUCUCUUUGGUCUCAAGAAAAGGAGAUCAGACCGAAGGAGGAGAUAAUCAAGGGUUACACGUUUGCAAACCAGUUUCAUUUAUAUCUGAUUUAGCUAAAUCAUGUUGGAGAUCGCCCAUAUUGGAAGCAGUUAGGAAAGAGAAGGCUAGAUACGAAUCAGCUGCCAAACUUGCUUAGUUGUUGAUUCCAAAUGACACUUCAUGGAAGCUCACUAAUCCACGAGAGGACCGCAGUAAGCCUAGAACUCACAGAUAUGGUCCCAGAACUUCCUUAAACGAGAAAGGAUUGGGACGAGAUGGAUUGCAAUCCCUGUCCGUAGGUAAUGAAGAGAAAGAAACCCCCCAAGGACAGUCCCAGGAAAGUAAGAAAUCAUCUUUUACUGAAAGAGAAGGAGGAGGAGGAGAAGAGGAAGAUUACACAACUCCCAUCAUAAAGACCGGGGAAACUCCUUUGUUUUUGGCCACAAUGUCAGGCAUUCGAGAGAUUGUCGAACAAAUACUAGAUGUGCACCCACAGGCUAUUGAGCAUAUUAAUAACAGAGGGAAGAACAUUUUGCAUGUUGCCGUCAAGUACCGCCAAAUAGAGAUCUUCAAUCUGGUGGUGAAUAAUGAAAUGCUAGCGAGGAGGCUAGUAAGAAAGACUGACGAAUGGGGGAACUCCAUACUUCAUAUGGUUGGGAAAAAAAGAUCAGGUUACAUAGCUGAGAAGAUACAAAGCCCUGCUCUCCAAUUGCAAAAGGAGUUGCUCUUGUUUGAGCGAGUGAAGGAAGUCUCCAAAACCUAUUUCAUCAAACACCUCAACGAAAAUAAGCAGACUCCAGAGGAACUAUUCGCUAAAACCUAUUCCGAUCUUCAUAACAGUGCCACAGAUUGGCUAAAGCGCACUUCUGAAAACUGCACCAUUGUUGCCGUUCUCAUCGCCACCGUAGCAUUUGCUGCAGCCUACACCAUACCAGGAGGACCAAAUCAAAGCACGGGUUUACCUCUCCUCCUCUCCCAACCUUUCUUUGUGAUUUUCACCUUGACCGACGUCAUUUCCCUUACUUUUGCUUUGACCUCAGUGGUCACAUUCCUCUCAAUCCUCACCUCCUCAUUUCGAUUACAAGACUUCAAGAACUCUCUUCCUCAAAAGCUCAUGCUGGGUUUCACAUUCUUAAUCCUCUCAGUCUCAAUGAUGAUGGUGGCAUUUGCUGCAACAAUAGUCCUCAUGAUACGUAAUAAGGAAAGGUGGACAAAAAUUGUGCUAUACUCAGUUGCAUUCCUGCCAGUUACCCUCUUUGCUAUCUCAUAUUCACCUCUAUACCUAUCCCUCUUGGAAGCCUGCAAAUACCCCCUCAAGCUCAUACUGAAGGCUUGUCCUAGGUGUAAUUGUUUUCCUCUUCAACCUUGGAUAAACAAUAAGUCGUUCGAGGAUGAUAGUAUCCGAGGGGACAGCUCCUCCAUUAAACCCCAUAAAUCUCAUCCCAACCGUACUCCGGUUUGAAAGAAGAAAUGAUCGUCUCAUUUGGUUGUAUUUUCAUUACUCCUUGUCCAUGUUUUACACAAAUAUUCUUCAGUUUGCCUGUAACAAGAACAAAAAACUGCAUGUAUUGAAUUUAAUUAGCUUGUUUAAAGUGAACUAAUGAUCUGUAUUGCCUUUCUACA